GUUUUAAUGACGUAGUCAACAUCAAGCAAUAUUGUUUUGUCUUUCUGGCGGCUGAAGAAACGCAUUAACAUCAAGGCCUAAACCAUGGCUCCUAAACCAAAAUUUCAAGAGGGUGAAAAAGUUUUAUGUUAUCAUGGACCUUUACUUUAUGAGGCUAAAUGCAUGCGGAUGGAGGUGAAGGAUGGAAAAGUUCAAUAUUUAAUACAUUAUAAUGGCUGGAAUAAAAACUGGGAUGAAUGGGUUCAGGAAAGUCGAGUUGUCAAAAACAAUGAGGCAGGCAUUCAGAAACAGAAAGAGCUCCUAAAAAAUCAUGGUGCACAAGUGAAGAAAAAUAAAAGUAACAAAAAGUUAGAGAAAGAAAGUACAAAACCAAAAACACCUUCAGGAAGUGGGAAGGAAAAAGAGAAAGACAAAGACAAAGAAAAAUCUGUUGUCAAGGAAAAAGAAGCAACUAAAGAAGUCAAAGAAAAGGAAAAAGAGAAGUCUGCUGCAGAAAAAACUCCAAAAGAAAAGGCAACUCCUAAGGAGAAAGAAAAAAAAGAAAAAGAACCAAAACAGCGACCCUCCACUCCUCAGCUUGCAGUGACGGAAAAGAAAAAAGAAAAAGAAGUAGAAAAAGAGACAAAAGAGAAGGAUAAAAAAGAAGAAAAGGAAAAGACCACUUCUGUUCCAACAGUCACCUCCACUCAAGAAUCUGCACCAGCUACUCCACAAUCGACAUCUGCCUCUGGUGAACCAAAGCGAAAACGUCCACGAAUUGAACAGACUGUUGAAUCAGAAGAAACUUACUUAUCCAAGAUUGAAGUCAAAAUCAAGAUUCCAGAGGAUUUAAAACCAGUUCUUGUUGAUGAUUGGGAUUUAAUAACUCGACAGAAAAUGCUUGUGACCUUACCAUGCAAACAAACAGUGGAUGAUAUUAUUGAUGACUAUAUUAAAGCCAAAACAUCAAAAAAUUCAAAUAUUAACAAAGAUGCCAUGCUAGAAACAAUGCUGGGAUGUAAAGAUUAUUUCAAUGUAAUGCUAGGAGCUCAGUUGUUAUACAAAUUUGAAAGACCUCAGUAUAGUGAAAUUUUGUCAGAAUAUCCUGAGAAGCCAAUGUCCAGUAUUUAUGGAGCUAUUCAUUUCCUGAGAUUGUUUGUUCGCCUAGGUGCAAUGUUAGCUUACACCACUCUUGAUGAGAGAACUGUUCACAUUUUACUUAAUCAUAUCCAUGAAUUUUUUAAGUAUUUAUCCAAAAAUGGUCCAAAUCUUUUUAAGAUUUCUAACUAUGAAAUAGCAAGUCCUGACUACCAUCGAAAAGCCAUAUAAAAAUUUGUUUUGAAUGUUGUUACAUAUUGAUAUGGUUGGUGUUGAUUGUUUUAUUGUAAUUUUCAUUGUAAAUGUGUAUUUGUAGAGAUACCAAAUGGCAAUAGUUUACAAGUAUGAAAUACAAACAAGCCAAUGAGUGAAUGACAUUGUAAACAUUUCUACGUUGUCAUGGAAGAAUUCUUUCAUUGAAAGUUGUCCAGUUCCAUGAGGCCAACAAUGUACAUUCACCUUCCUGUGUUAAGUUUUACAAGUGUAACAAGAAAGAGCUGUUACUCCCUUUUAAACAAUAAAUGUUAAAUUUGCAAGUCAGAUGAAUGCAACAAAAAAUACUAACAUCUGGAAUAAAUAUUUUGUUGCCGCUAGGAAUUGAUUUAAAAAAGCCUUGACCCCAACAAUGGACAAAGUGUUCAAUAAAGUGCUAAACUUUUUUUAAAGUCAUUUUCCAGUAGUUAAAAUGUUCCUUGUUGGAAUUUCAUGUCAUUAGUAUCUUGAAGAAAUGAAUAUCUCGUGUAUGUUGUAAAAUAUUUUUACUUGUGAUUGUGAGAAAAUGAAUGCAACUUCAAAUCUUUAACAUUUGUGUUUUGUUUGUGUGUACAGUACAUGGAACAUUUGUCCUACAUCUCACUCUCUAGUAGCACCAUUAAUAAAACUAUGAUGUUCUACUUUU